AGGCAAGUUGAUCGUGCCAGGCCACUGCAAGCGUUGUCAUGUUUUGAUUGUCGAGCGGGGUGCCGGAGUCGGCUGUUGUCCGGUUUUUGCCAUCAGUGGUUCGUCUUUGGUUGAAGCGGAAAGGUGCUGUCCACUCAGAGUAGGAUAUUUAGCUUUAGAUUUCUGCUUUCGUGUUCACAAGAUGAGCGAAGCGGCGGCACCGGAGCCGGCCACCGUGCUGCCAGCGCGCAUGGCCGGCGGACCACACGGGCUUGGCGACCCAGCCGACCGCUCGCUGCGCCGCGUCGAAGUCGAAGUGCUCAUCCCGAAGAUCAUGCGCGAGCGAGCGCGUAGCGACAAGUGCACCGAGCUGGCUGAGCGCUUCUCGCGCUGCUGCAGCGACAACGGGCUCACCAUGGUCUACAAGUGUCGCAACGAGAAUGACGCGCUGCGCUCGUGCCUGACGCACUGGUACGAGAAUGCCGAGUUCCGACAGGAGUGCACCGAGCGGUACCUGACCGAGCGCGCCGAGUAUCGCGCCACCGGACUCAAGGCGCGCCUCCGCCGCAAGGGCUCAGACAUGUUCUGAUGCGGCGCCGCGCGCGGCGGCCGGGAACGUAUAGAGCUGAGCCGAGCCGAGCCGGCCGUGGUGUUUGAAUGGGUCGUGAGCGAGAUUGAACCGUGAGCUAGCCGGUUCGAUCGAGCCCGGUAGGGCGCAGUGUGAGUCUGAAGAGAGUCCGCCGCAAUUGGAGAGAACCGGCGGCUUCUUGCAAGUGUCUUUCGUCUGAGACAUUUUCCUGGGGUGCGACUAUAGUAAUAACUGUGGGACUCUCCCAUAUCAAUGCGACAGGCAAUGCAGACCUGAAUAGCGUUUUCUGCUACUGCAUGGCUGGGCGCAUGGAUAACUACCAAUAAAAAGUAAUUCUUCCACCUGUCGCUUCAGUACGCUGCUGCAGCACCAAUCCACGUUUCAUGAAGUAUCACUGGUGAGACGGAUUUAUUUUCUACCACAUGUACGUGAUCAUGGCGACAAAUCAGAUGCACGAAAUAAAACCUUUUCGUGAACGAG